UUUAUGUUGAUGGAGCAGACGUGCAGCGUUACACACAGGCGCCCUGCCGGGGUCGCGCUGGACUGAACUGUGGCGGGGCAUGCUAGGCGAGACAUGUCGGGGACAUGUCGCCGGCUCUCACUCUCAGCAAGUGCCCAUGGAAUCAAACCCAAGCCGCCAUCUUAUACAUGCCUCCGUCUUGUAGCCAUAACUUCACCCGCCAGUAACAUGGCAUGUGCUGUUGAACCGCUCGCUAGCACUCUCAUUCACAAUCCAGAGUCGCUUCCUCCACAUCCCAGCACAAUACUAUGAAAUAUGCAUGCAUUUAUUUGAAAGCAAGGACCGGCCUGGAGCGUCAGAGUUGUCCGUGCAAAAUUCAAUUCAAGAUGGGGGGCUGGAUCCAUCGUCACCAAAGCGCGCCAUUCAGCCGAGGCUUUCGCGCCUGUCGCUUCAUACCCGGUGAAGCUCCACUUUAACGUCAUUGAUAGGCUUCAUACUUACUUGGAGCGCUGUCCAAGCUCUGAGCGCCACCGAGCCUGCCGCACCAGCCGGAAAAUCCUCGCACCGAGCCUUGGCUUGAAGCAAGCAAUCAUGCUGGCCUCCAGUUCUCUGACGAGCAAGCGCUCAGCAUGCGCUAGCUCGUCUGCUUCCCGCGUUCCUCAUGUUCGCGCGGCGCCAGUCCCGCAGCGAGCCGUCACCCCUCAGCCCGCGACGAGCACCUCCUACCCCAGCCAGCCAGUCUUCCGCCAGCACCAGGUGGCGCCUGUGCGUGGCCGCCCGGGCCGCAACUAUAUGGUCGUCGCCAGCACUGGCUACAUACCUUUUGGUGGUGAUGCCCGCAUCAAGGUUAUCGGGGUCGGCGGUGGUGGCGGCAAUGCCCUAAACCGCAUGAUCAACAGCGGCCUGCAGGGCGUGGAGUUCUGGGCCAUCAACACCGACGCCCAGGCCCUGGCCGCCCACCAGGCUCUCAACAAGGUGCAGAUCGGCAGCGAGCUGACCCGCGGCCUGGGCUGCGGCGGCAACCCUGAGCUGGGCCGCCGCGCUGCUAUGGAGAGCGAGGAGGCGCUGCGCCGCAUGGUGCAGGGCGCUGAUCUGGUGUUCAUCACCGCGGGCAUGGGCGGCGGUACCGGCACCGGUGCCGCCCCCGUGGUGGCCCGCCUGUCCAAGGAGUUGGGCAUCCUGACUGUGGGCGUCGUCACCUACCCCUUCAACUUCGAGGGCCGCCGCCGCGCCGGCCAGGCUCUUGAGGGCAUUGAGGCGCUGCGUGAGGCCGUGGACUCCGUGAUCGUCAUCCCCAACGACCGCCUGCUGGACGUGGCCGGCGCCAGCACCGCGCUGCAGGAUGCCUUCGCGUUGGCAGACGAUGUGCUGCGCCAGGGUGUGCAGGGUAUCUCAGACAUCAUCACCGUGCCCGGCCUCAUCAACGUUGACUUUGCGGAUGUCAAGGCCAUCAUGAGCAACAGCGGCACGGCCAUGCUGGGUGUGGGCGCCGCCUCCACAGCCACCGCCGCCCCCGGCGGCCCCGACCGCGCGGAGCAGGCGGCCGUGGCCGCCACAUCGGCACCGCUCAUCCAGCGCAGCAUCGAGAAGGCUACCGGCAUUGUGUACAACAUCACUGGUGGCCGUGACCUGACCCUGGCCGAGGUCAACCGCGUGUCCGAGGUGGUGACCGCCCUGGCCGACCCCUCAUGCAACAUUAUCUUUGGCGCCGUUGUGGACGAGCAGUACGACGGCGAGCUGCACGUGACCAUCAUCGCUACCGGCUUCGCGCCAACCUACGAGAACGAGCUUCUCAACGGCGGCAACGCGCAGCAGCAGCAGGCUCGUGCCGCCCGCCGCGCCUCAAACCAGGCUACCGCCGCGUCACUUGCGCCCAACCCCGUGCCCGCCGCUGCGCCCGCUGCCCCUGCACCGCCUGCCCAGCCAGCGAUGCCGGCCGUGCAGCCCACCACCCCACCCGCCAACCCUGCUGCUCCCUGGAGCCGCCCCAACCGUGCCAAGCUGGACUUUCUGGGCCGCAGCAUUCUGUGAGCAGUCGCAGCUGUCUGGCGUGUUAGCUAGUUAGUAGCGGCAGGGCAGGGACUAAGGCUUUCGGUACACCGCUGUGAAGUUCUUCACAAUGAAGCGUUAUGUAUGUGGGAAGGAUUGGACACGUGAGAGGUACUGUAUGGCGCGGUCCUCGCGUAAGGAUUCUGAGCCAACAGUUGGAAGGCUGCACAAGGUGCUGGGCUGGCUGGGGAGGAGGAUGGCGCAGGUUGUGGCAGCUUAGGGUCAACGUCCGUAGCAAUGCGCGUGACCAACCGACGCAUCAUUUCAGGUGCUGCUGUACAGAUUUGAAGGUGACCCGUGCCUAUGCACAUAUUUUAUGCUUGAUACUUGACCUGCUGCUGGCAGUAGAACUUGACAUAAAUUGACAGGAUGGACCGCGUGUGGAGUGAGAGGGUGCUGGUGAUUCCUACUGCGGCCUGCAGGCCGAAAAGCAUGGCAAAGCUGAUGCGUCGCGCCGGCGGGCGCUGGCAAACGCGUGAAUGCAAAUAAGUCAUUACGCUGAAUCG